AUGGAAAAGAACGGCAUGAAUCCUGAAGAAAUCGCAUUAUAUGAUAGACAAAUUAGACUUUGGGGUUUCAAUACCCAACAAGCGUUAAAGCAAUCGCGAGUUUUGUUGAUUACAGCAUCUCCUUUAUCAAACGAAAUUGCAAAAAAUUUAGUCUUGGCCGGUGUUGGAGAGUUAUGCUUGCAAGACACCCAUUCUGUUGAGAAGCAAGAUCUGCAUGACCAGUUCUUUUUGGAAGAGUCGGACAUAGGAAAGUCAAAGGCAUCUUCCCUAAUAAAUAAACUAAAAGACCUCAAUCCACUGGUGAAAUUAUCCUCUUUGGAUACACCGAUUGCGGAGCUGUCUGAAAGUAUAAUCUCUUCGUUUCAAAUGGUUAUUGCAACUCAACUUCAGUACAAUGAGUGUUGCAAGGUAAAUACCUUGUGUCGUUCUAGUCAGCGUCCUAUGUAUGCUUCGAGUUGCUACGGACUUUAUGGAUUCGCUUUCGCUGAUUUAAUUGACCAUGAAUUUGUAAUAGAAAAAACAGUUGAAAAUACAAAAGUUGAGCAAGCAAUGUCGACCAGACAAAAACCCAUGCAAGUAGCUUUCGAUACCGCCCUUGGUUCCAUGUUAAGACCUCGUCUGGCAAAAAAAGUUCCAGCCGCUUACCCUGCACUCCUAUCAAUUCUGAAACGCAACAAGUCAGACCCAGAAUCCAUCAAGAAGAUGUGUCACGAACAACAAUUAGAUCCCAACGUAAUCCUAAACCAAGAUUUCUUAAACGACUUUUCCCAGAAUUCCAAUUUUCAAUGGAUGCCAGUGAUCUCCAUCAUCGGAGGCGUUGUUGCCCAAGAUGCUUUAAAUUCAAUUAGCAAGCGUCAAUACCCCAUAGAUAACUUUUGGAUCUUUGAUGCUGAAACCAGCUCUGGACCUGUAUACAAGCUGUAA